AAAAAUGCCAAGUAGUUAAACCCCUGGAGGGCCGCAAAUUUCACACAAAGGCAGAAACAUUCAAAAUUAGGGGGGACGAAAAAUGAAGAAGUGCAACUAUAUCAUGUCAGGAAGCGCAAAGUACAUGGAGAGGAAACUCGCGCACGACAUGAUCAAUUUUUAAGAUAAGGAAAAUGCAAAUGUAUUGGGCGCAUAUGUAUAGCCCCCAAUCUGACAUUCAUUGUAAGGAUACGCCUUCCUCAUGAAAAAUGUAUACAUACUCACGCCAUUGGUAAAAAAAAUACACGUAAAGGUGAAAAGACCACGCACCCAAAAUUGUAACCCGCAGCACACACAGGAAAAACCAUUUUGUGUCCGACAGAAUUAUGCCUCACUAUGAUGGAUGCCGAAAUGAAGAGAUCAUCAGUGCGUUUUCUUUAUCUACAUGAGGAUGAAUUGAUACUAGCACAAGGACUACAUGGUUGACACAUCUUCACCUUUUUUUUUUUUUUUAUUCAUUUUGACUGCUAAGCAACGACUGGUGUGAAGAAAAAAUGUGUGAUUUUCAAAAAGCUUUUUUUUUCGCGUUACUCUGUAUUUUUUUAUGUAAGAGGAGUACCCAUUCGUGCAGCAAAAGAUUCGCCACCCGACAGUGGAAGUUCAUUAGUGCAUCUGGCACAGUUGGGGAUCGUAGCAUCGCGGGCAGAUGUGUCUUUAAGGCCCCCAAGCUGAAGGGAAGGAAAAAUUUUAUUCAGGCCCAGGAUAACUCCAACUUGGAGAAAAUAAAGAAACUCAGAAACGUCGUAAAGGAAAUCAAAAAAGACAACAUAAAGGAGUUCUACAGCGAAGAGAGACAGAAGAGAGAAAAGGAGACCACCGCGUGGAAGGUCAUCCUGUACAACGACGACAUUCACAAUUUCACCUACGUAACGGACAUGAUCGUAAAGGUAAUUGGGCAGAUAAGCAAAGCAAAGGCGCACACCAUCACGGUAGAGGCCCACAGCACAGGUCAGGCUCUCAUUUUGUCAACUUGGAGAUCGCAAGCGGAGAGAUACUGUGAAGAACUGCAGAAAAACGGCCUUACCGUUUCGAUCAUUCAUGAGAGUCAGCUGAAGGAGAAGAAGAAAGGCCCCGACGCGGGCCCGUAA